UAUUGCGAGCGCCGCAGGUACUUGCCCUAGGAAAUCCCAUGGCGAUAGCAGCGGCGACGGCGGCGGCGCCGAGCUUGCGUUUCGCCAAAAGGUACUGCUCGACGCUGUCCAAGAAAUCAUCCUCCGCGCGGGUGAGAUUCGUCGUGAGGGCGCAAUGGAAGCAGGAAGUGCUGUGGACGUCGGCGCCGCUGGUCGAGAUUGCUCCAGCGGCGGAACAACUCUUCCACAUCGUGCUCGACAUUGGCCGGAAUCCCGAGCUCCAGAAGGGGCAUUCCAAGCCGGGGCAAUUCGUCCAGAUGAAAAAGGAGGAGCACAAGCCGGGAUUCUUCGCCAUCGCUUCCCCGCCUUCCACCGCCGCCAAGGGAUUCUUGGAGUUCCUUGUCAAGGACGUGGAGGGCACUACCUCGGCUGUGCUGUGCGAUCUGGCCAAGGGAGAUAAGGUGGAUUUAAGCCAAGUGAUGGGCAAAGGUUUCGACAUCGACCAGCUCUACCCUCCAGAGAAGUUCCAGACUGUGCUGUUCUUCGCGACUGGCUCUGGUAUCAGUCCGAUUCGAUCACUUAUAGAGGCCGGAAUUGACGCGAACAGGAGGAGCGAUGUGAGGCUUUACUAUGGAGCCAGGAGUCUUGAGAGGAUGGCAUAUCGGGACAAGUUCAAAGAGUGGGAGGCAAGCGGCGUGAGCAUAAUUCCCGUGCUCUCGCAGCCUGAUGGGAGCUGGAUGGGCGAAUCAGGAUAUGUCCAGGCAGCCUUUUCGAAGAACAUAAGUAUUCCAGAUUCCUCUCAAGUUGUUACUUUUCUUUGUGGCCACAAGGGCAUGGUCAAGGAUGUGACUGAUCUACUUUCGGCCGAAGGGGUUCCACAAGAGAAGAUCAUCUUAAACUUCUAAGCUCUCAAUAUACAGAGUUCUUAACUGGAGCGAGACAAUUCAUUACCUGGUAUGACAAGGACAAGGUAGCAGCACGAAAUAAGACUCGAAAGCUUUGUACUAUAGUUCUCCGACGUGUUUUGUAAGUCACUGUGACGAAUCAAACCACAGCGGCUUGAUAAAAAUCUUUGGUGGUGCAUCCAAAUCGGAGUCUUGGUGGCACUUGUCGGAGGAUAGUGAUCCGGUUUGGGCCCCCACGCGUCAAAAAUCGUGUCCCUUUACUCGUUUUCCCGGACUCUAUAAAAAUAUCCACUGGAGAGUGUCAUCGACAGUUUA